GUAUGAAGUUGAUGACUUCAUAGUGUCUCCCCCGUCCAAUGAGGAUGGGGGAUUCUUUCACCUGCGUUAUGGUCGAGCUCCAAGCCCCCGUCCCUCCACCUAUGACCGUAUCAACCAGGAGCUGGGCAUGACAGUCGAGGUCAAAGAUGGUGACCCUGUGUUCAGCAGUGGGGGAAAGAGCGACAGCUUGACCAGCCCAACGACCACCUUGUCCAUCAGUCCCCAAGGGCUUUCUGUGCAGGGCUCUCAAGAAGGAUCACCCACCUCCCCUGGGGACAGGGAGCAAAUCGUCAAGCCUCUCCUGGUUCUACCUUUUAAGUUUGGAGCAGACUGCACUGCUGCCACAAGUGACAGCACAAGUGCGAACUCUGAUAGCAUUUCAGAGACAUUGGAACCAACUUCAUCCCCAAAGGACUCCCAGGCUGAUGACACAAAUUUGAUAGAUGAGAUUCAAGAUACCCUAACAAAUAUUACUGUGGGAGAGUCUUCAAGAUCAUUAAGAGAUCAAAAUGGUCAGAAUUCUCAAGUUGGUUCAGAGAAACCAGAAAAGGACCUUUCAAUAACUCGGAAAAUUUCCCGUGAAGCUAACCUGAAGUUGUCCUUGGCUGAAAAGAUCCAGGACUUUUCUGGAGCUUCACAACCAGUUUCAUCUGGAGUUUCAACUCCUUUUGUCACUCCGCUGACAACUCCCCAGUCUUCACCCCGCUCCAAGAGAAAGAUAUCGGGAGUCAUUGUAGACCAGAGCAACAUGUCUGCCACUCAGAAUUACUUUUUCACCAGACCAUUUUCAGGAGCACAAGACACAGGCUCAACACUCUCACCUGAGGCCAAUACUGUUUCCUUGUCUGCAUCGGCAUUACAAGGAGCCCAAAAGCUUGAAGAUGGAGCUGCUCAGGCACUGAAUAUUGACACCUCUCAAAUGGCAAUUGGUAAAAAGAGACAGAGACCCAAAGCCUCAAAAUUAAGGGAAAUGAAUUUCUGGGCCCCAACCUCUAUGUAAAAAGGAAAUAGAAGUGAAGAUCACUGUUCAAUGAAUAUGCAAAUGCUGAUAUCAUUUGAAAGCCAUUGGCUUUUGUAGUAAUAUAUUGAUAUUGUGGUUAAUGUACCUGAGUGAUUAGGACAUAGUUUUAAAUUUAUUUGGCAAGAAUUAAAAAGGGGAAUAGAUAUUAUCUUACAACUUUUAUUAGAUUAUUGAAAAUCUUUGUUGUUGAAUUGUUAUGUAUAUGAUGAUUAUAUUUACUUAUAUGCCAGUUUUGUAUCUUAAAAAAAACAUAUUUUUUGUAAUUCCUGUCUUGACAUUUGUGGUUUCACCUACUCAAGCUUAUUGCUUCAUAUAUCUCUGUAAGGGAAUGAGGAUUGAGUUGGAUUGUUCAGUCUAGUUAUUAAAAUGUAACUUUAGUUUUAUAGUCUGUAUUUGACAUUCAUACAGAUGCUGAUUUUGUAACUCCUUUUACAAAAUUAAUUUAUUGUGCUAUGUUGUAGAGUAUAGUUUUAGUUUUCUUUUUCUUAUGGACAUGAAAGCAAAAUUAUUUGCUAGAUUACAACUGUUUAUUUUUAUAAAUUUUGUUGUUUUUUCUUUCUGAACAAAUAAUAGGAUUCACAAGCAUUUGGUUGAUUUUUCUUUUAUGUUGUGAUACCUUCGGAAAUGUGUACAUUGUAAGAAGCAUUAGAGAAAGGAGUUAUAUUCAGGUAUAAUGUCUGAAGCUGAGAAUAUAUUUUAUUCUUUGAAGCUGUAUAGUUAAUGUAUGCAAAUGUCUCAUGCUGUUCCAUUAUUUUGAAAUUUAUUGAUGCUUUGAAAGUAAGUCUGAGGUAGUGAAAUGACAAGAUAAAAAAAUA